AUGGCCGAAACAAAUUCGUUCCUUCUCGGCUGUGGAAUGGGUAUUGGAAUGGGAUGCGGUUUCGGUGGACUCGGAAUGUUUGGAGGAUACGGUGGCAUGGGCGGCUAUGGCGGCAUGGGCGGCUACGGCAUGGGCGGAUACGGCGGAUACGGCAUGGGCUAUGGCAUGGGCGGCAUAGGAUAUGGCGGCUUCGGUGGAUAUGGUAUGGGUGGAUGUGGAGGAGCAUGCGGAUUUGGAAAGUAA